AUGUCCGAAACCCGAGGCGAAGUUCCAAUUCGCGAAGAAUCCGAGCAGCUUCUCUCGGAGACCGCAAAGAACUGCAACUCAGAUAACGACAACAAACAACAAGACGAAGUGGCCGAACUGCUGCUGAGAAGUGGCGGCGAUCCAAAUUUAGCCAACGCAGAUGGAUCGACUGCUCUGCACCUGAUUUGCUCCAAAGGCCUCGUUGACUUGGCAAAGAUAUUAUUCGAGGUCAGCCAAGAAAAUAAUCGACCAGUGCAGGUCGAUGCCCGGGACAAGUUCGGUAAUACUCCAUUGCUCUUGGUUGUGGACGAUGCCCACAGGUAUUUAAGACUGAAAGAAAUAUAUAAAUACGUUGAGAGUCCUCUAAAACAUGCAUACGAGGAUUACCGCUUUAUGAUGCUAUGGGUGAAAUUUUUAAGGGUGUCGAGAAAUGAUAAAACAGACCAGAUCGAGUAUCGUCGUCGUAAAGAUUUGGUCCAAUUACUGCUGAGACAGGGCGCAGAUUCGAAUUUGGCCAAUGCGGACGGACUGACUCCUCUGCACUGCAUUUGCAAGGAUUAUUAUGAUGAUGACCGACGCUUGGCGCAGCUAUUAUUUGAGAAUGAAUUAAAUCAGCCAUGUCGGGUUGACGCCCAAGACAAUUUGGGCAACACACCACUGCACUUGGCCCUGAAAUACGACAACAUUGACGUGGCCGAAUUGCUAUUGAGAAACGGUGCAAAUCCUAAUUUGGCCAACGAGGAAGGGUUGACUCCUCUUCAUCACAUUUGCCAAAGAAGUAGAAUUUUCUAUUGCAUAGAGAUUAAAUUUCUCAGCAUCAAUGACGAAUUAAAUCAACAGGUGCACAUCGAUGCCCGGGACAAGUCGGGCAACACACCAUUGCACUUGGCUUUGCGCCAGAACAACAGGAUAGCGGUCAAAUCGCUGUUGAAACGAGGUGCUAAUCUAAAUUUAACUGAUGCAGAGGGUUUGACGUCGCUGCAUUUGAUUUACCUGAUGGGUUAUCAUGGCUGGACGAAGAUGUUACUCGAGAUCUGUGACGAAUUAAAUCAGCCGUUGGAGAUCGAGGCCCGGGACAAGUUGGGUCGGACACCUCUGCAAUGGGCCGUAGCGGGUCUACAGCCGGAAAUGGUCGACGUUCUCUUGGAUCGUGGCGCCGAUCUAUCGAACUUCGUAUUCCCCACCCAGAGUCAUUUCGACGAAUGUUCGGUUCUUUUGCAAACUUGGUAUGGAAAAGACAAGUUGACAUUGUUAUUGCAACUAUCGUUUGGUGCUCUGGGAGUCAUAGAACAGCUUGAGAAAAGAGGAUACGAACUGGACCGAAGCAAUGUCUUAACUAUCAUGACAUUAUUAUACGGUAACAAUGGAUUUUUCGAGAAAUCAAAGCAGGAGAGACCGAGAGUUGCUAAAAUAUGUUGGUACGACGACGAGGAGUUCACGAGCAAAGCGAAAGAGAUCAUGAUAAAUUCGACUUAUUCACUCUACGACCUGACCCGCAUAGAACCUAAAGAGGCCAAGAAAAUAACUUUAUUUGCGGACUACUUCAAAUUCGUGCUCUCGGAUAAUUUGAAUGAAUUUUCUAAACCACUGAGCGAGGCUUGUAUCUCUGUAUCUCUGUAUCUCUUUGAGAAACUAUCCAGAGGAUUUUUUCAGGAAUGGGCAAUGGAUCCUUUCUGGGUACUGAUACACUAUCGACUUCCGGUUGAGAUAUGCGAAAUUAUUCUCGAGAAACUAGAGAAUCAAGAUUUAUGCAAUAUUUGCUUGGCGGUGAAACUCCAAAAUUCGUGA